AUGCCAGGCACCGGCCACCGCUUGCAGCCCGCUGUUCUCCAGGCUAUCCUCGACCGAAUUGCUGCCUGCGAAAGUGAUCGAGCCAUCUCUAGAGCUACAGGUGCGAGCCGUAACACAGUAGCAAAGCUGAGGUUGAGCUUAGAGUUUUGGGGCGUGCCUUAUCCGCCGCGCUGCGUUCGACUUGGGCGGCCAUCUAUACUCCGGCAAGCUCAGCGCGAAGGCCUUCAGGCAUACCUCAAUGGCUCACCGGGCGCAUACAUGGAUGAGAUGAGGGACUUCUUGUACGACGAGUACGACGUUAGGAUAAGCCUUGCGAGCGUUUACCGAGAGCUAGAGAAGAUGAGAUGGUCUCGCAAGCUUGCAACAAAGCGGGCAAAGGAGCAGAGUGAGCCACUCCGCCGCCUCUAUCUUGCCAGGAUGGCGCAACACUAUAAGGCGGAGCAGAUCGUUGCGUUGGACGAGAGCGCCUGCAAUGAGCGUACGGGCGACCGCAAGUAUGGCUGGUCUCCAAUCGGGGAGCCGGUGGAGCUAUCACACAGCUUCAGGCGAUCAGAACGGUGGUCGCUGCUGCCAGCCAUGACGAUAGAUGGCUACAUAAGCUAUAAGAUCUUUCAAGGCGCGAUUACAUCUGAGAUCCUAGAAGACUUCUUAGAGUUUCAAGUGCUGCCGUUCUGCAAUCCUCACCCAGGGCCAGCCUCAGUAAUCGUGCUUGAUAACGCCUCCAUCCAUCGAUCAGAGCGUGUACGGGUGAAUUGCCCAAAGUGCUGGAGUACUCCUUGA